AUGUUUAAGAAUUCAAUUGCAAAACAAGCAAGAAGUAACGUAGCUUAUGCAAAAUCAUUUAUAAGAAUGUCAUCCAAUUUACCUUUACAAGUUUCAAUUAAGUUGCCUAACGGUACUACAUAUGAACAGCCAACUGGUAUGUUCAUCAAUAACGAGUAUGUCUAUCCAAAGCAAAAGAAGACAUUCGAUGUGAUUUCUCCAUCCACGGAAGAACAUAUCACCGAUGUGUACGAGGCAUUGGAAGAGGAUAUCGACACUGCUGUUGAAGCGGCUAGUGCUGCAUUCAAGUCUUCGUGGUCGACCGGAGACCCAUCGGUCAGAGCCAAUGCUUUGCUCAAAUUGGCUGAUUUGGUUGACGCCAACGCUGAUACCCUUGCUCACAUCGAAGCCUUGGACAACGGUAAAUCCUUGAUGUGUUCCAGAGGAGAUGUUGCCUUAACCGCCAUGUACUUCAGAUCGUGUGCGGGAUGGGCUGACAAGAUCUUGGGUACUGUGCCAGAAACCGGUUCCACCCAUUUCAACUACACUAGAAGAGAACCAAUUGGUGUUUGUGGGCAAAUUAUUCCAUGGAAUUUCCCAUUAUUGAUGUUGGCGUGGAAGGUUGGUCCAGCUACAGCUACCGGUAAUACUAUUGUUUUGAAGACUGCCGAAUCGACUCCAUUAUCGGGUUUGUUCCUUACUGGUUUGAUCAAGGAAGCAGGUUUCCCACCUGGUGUGGUUAACAUCCUCACUGGUUUUGGUAAGAAUGCUGGUAACGCCAUUGCCUCUCACCCUAAGAUCAAGAAGGUUGCAUUUACUGGUUCUACUGCAACCGGAAGACACAUUAUGAAGUCAGCUGCUGAAUCCAACUUGAAGAAGGUCACCUUAGAAUUAGGUGGUAAGUCUCCAAACAUUGUUUUCAAUGAUGCUGAUGUCCAAAAAUCUGCCCAAUCUUUGAUCACCGGUAUUUUCUACAACACCGGUGAAGUUUGUUGUGCUGGUUCCAGAAUUUAUGUCCAAGAAGAAAUCUACGACAACGUCCUCGAAGAAUUAAAGAACGCUUCUUCUAAAAUCAAGAUUGGUAACCCAUUCGAAGAAGACACUUUCAUGGGUGCUCAAGCCUCUUCCCAACAAUUGGACAAGAUUUUGAAGUACAUUGAAACAGGUAAGAAUGAAGGUGCUAAGUUGAUCUCUGGUGGUGAAAGAGUUCAAGGUAAGGGUUACUUUAUUAAGCCAACCAUUUUCGGUGACGUCACUGAAGAUAUGCAAAUUGUCAAGGAAGAAAUCUUCGGUCCAGUUGUCACUAUCACCAAGUUCAAGACCAUUGAUGAAGUUGUCGACUUAGCCAACGACUCUGAAUAUGGUUUAGCUGCUGGUAUCCAUACCGAAAACAUCAACACCGCCAUUGGUGUUGCUAACAGACUUCAAGCCGGUACCGUCUGGGUCAACACCUACAACGAUUUCCACCCAAUGGUUCCAUUCGGUGGUUACGGCCAAUCCGGUUUCGGUAGAGAAAUGGGUGCCGAAGCUCUUGACAAUUACACUCAAGUUAAGGCUGUUAGAAUCGGUCUUACUGAAAAGCAUUAG